AUGGCUGUGUCGAGUUCUAGCUCCUUACAAUUCAAGGUCCUGCCUGCAACAGAGGAAGAUUGUGCCGCGAUGGCGAUGGUCGAAACUGUUUCGAAUUGUGCGGCGAGCAAAGUCAAGCCGGAGCACAAUCUUGCCUGUGUGUUGUUCGGACCCCCUGGCGAUACGUCGGUUCGUACAAAGGACUUUAUCGACAAACUGCAAAAUGACAAAACGGCGCGAAUGUGGAAGGCAGUAACUACUGAUCCUGAGGGCCAGGAGAAAGUUGUUGCUCUCUCACUCUGGCAUUUUUACCUUGAGGCAGUGCCUAUUGAAGACUGGAAGGAUAUUGAGUGGCCGGCUUCCGCAAACUCGGACGGCUGCAACAAGUUUUUCCGCGACGUCGUAGCCAUGAGAAAGAAGCAUAUGACGGAAAGACGGUUUGGGUUCCUACAAGUCCUGGCGACGCUGCCAGAAUAUCGCGGCUAUGGAAUCGGGUCAGCCCUUCUCAAGGAAGGCCUUGACGAAGGAAUGAAUAGCGGGCUUACUGAUUUCUGGCUCGAGGCAUCGAAUGACGGUCAUGAUCUGUACGAGAAAUUUGGAUUUCAAGAUGUCGAACCGAUUCCAGUUGAUUUAGCGAAGUAUGGUGGGGAGGGGAUGGCUCGCCUAAGGGCCAUGAGGAGAUUGCCUAAUUGA